AUGAAAAAUUUAAGACUAUUUUUGAUAAACCUUUCUUUGAUAUUGGCCAGGUUCUACCACAGUCUCAGGAUUACUGAAAAACCAGUUUUCCUGAACCUUCAGGAAACAAGACAAGAUAUUUCUUCUGAAACCGUCGACGUGGAUUCCAACACGGAUCUAGGGGAGAGGCGGAGGUCCGUCAGGGCCAAACGGGACAAGCCGGACUACUACGACGCUCUGGACUACGAGAGUAAACGUCAGAAAACGCCUCGAAGUGAGAAGAAAAAGAUUAGUUUACCGACCCGGGCCUCCGUAGAGGGUUCCGGGAAGAUGAAACGGUAUCCGGUUGCCCCGCAGAACACAGGCAGAGCUACCCUUACCUGGAGAAAGGGAGAGGAAGAGGAUACUGGGAAGAAGAAGAAGCAGAAACCUGGAGCUCAGGCUCCGAAGAAGGAAGAUACGGAGGAGGUCGGAGAACCAACUCUAGAAGAGAUACCCCAGGAUAAAGUUUUCCCAUGUGCGGUCAGCUUAGCAGAGAUAAAUCGGAAACUGGGUUUAGUCAUGUGGAAACCGGUUUCAACAUAAUUCAUCCUAGUUUGAGAUUUAAUGAACGAGAGAGAAGUAGUAAAUCUCAAAUAGAUUAUCAAGUACAAUAGAAUCUAUUUGGUAAACCUCAAUCUACCAAGAUUGAACUACUCCCACCAAACCUAAUCUAAGAAGUGGUUCAUCUAGUGUCGCUAUUUAUAUUCUCUGACCGUGAACUCGUUUUCAGAGUUGAUCAAAUCAAUUUACAGUAAUAAACCACAUUAAUCCCGA